AUGCGUUCCUUGAACCACUCAAAUAUUGUAGUAAUUAAAACUGGUCAUUUCGGUACGAUUCUCGGCUACAGAGUGGAAGACAAUAGGGAGAGUCAAGUAAAUUUAGGACAAAAUAGAAUGAUACUAGUAAAUUUGAAACAUAGAAGUAUGACUGAAAAUAUGUUGCACUAUACUAUUUGUAUUCCCUCUAUGAUUAAGUUGAAGUUCCAAGAAACGGUAUAUAAAAAUAAAGGUCAGUCACGUAAAUCUGUUGGCGUAACGCAAAGCUCGCACGAGUCGUUGACUACUUGUCGUUCAAUAAGUUUUUAA